AUGUUCAAACUCCUUCGUCGGUUAAACACCUCUUCAGUCAUACGCUAUCCAUUGAUCCCAAUGGUACUUGAUAAAUCGGGUCUCGGUGAAAGAGCUUUCGAUAUUUAUUCACGUUUGUUAAAAGAUAGAAUCGUCUGCCUCAUGGGUCCUGUUACUGACGAGACGUCUAGUCUUAUAGUGGCUCAGUUGCUUUUCCUACAAUCCGAAGAUAAACGUUCUCCCAUUCAUUUAUACGUAAAUAGUCCUGGCGGGUCGGUCACAUCCGGCCUGGCAAUAUAUGAUACGAUGCAGUACAUUCAGCCACCGAUUUACACGUGGUGCAUUGGUCAAGCAAGUAGUAUGGGUUCGCUAUUGCUCACCGCGGGUACUGCGGGGUUCAGGUAUGCUUUGCCACAUGCUCGCAUUAUGGUUCAUCAACCCUCUGGCUUAGCGCAGGGUCAAGCGAGUGACAUACAAAUCCAGGCAGAGGAAAUCAUUAAGACCAGAAAAAUGCUGAAUUCUCUGUAUUCUAAACACACAAAGCAGCCCUUGGAGGUGGUGGAAAAGUGGAUGGAUCGUGACUUCUUCAUGACAUCUGAGGAAGCCACACAAUUCGGACUGGUCGACAAGGUCCUCUAUCCCACCUCAAACCCAGGGAGUAAGUUUCAGCAAACGAUGCACCAAAGCAGUCCACACAUGUACAGCGGCAGCGAAUCGCGAGGAGCCGGGGAAGGCAGCGUCGCAAACGAGGGUAUUGGAAGUGGUUACACAAUGAGUCUAGUUGACAAACUGAACACCAUGUCACGGGUCCGAAGACGACGGCAGGAGGCUGAGGCACUCGCUUCUGAGGCGCGCCAGGCCAUGGAGGAUCCCCUCAUGCCCAUUACUCCCGAAAUUGGACCCGUCGGUUAUCAACUAUCCGAAGGCGAUGAGUGCUCCAUGCUGGAGCCUCACUCCAAGGAACAGCCACCUGUGAAAGAGCUAAUACAGACAUUGAUUGAAUGGAUCAACAAGGAAUUGAUUGACGAGAGAAUUCUCGUUAGGGACAUUGAAGCCGAUCUUUAUGAUGGACAGGUUUUGCAGAAACUCCUUGAAAAACUCACCAGUUCUUCCCUUAACCAACCUGAACUCACCCAGACGGAAAUGGGACAACGUCAAAGACUCAAGCUUGUUCUUGAGGAAAUUAAUAACGUGUUAGGAGUACCGGAUAGCUAUGCUUCAAAGAACUGGCCUAUCACAGCGAUCUUCUCAAAGGACUUGGUGGCCAUUCUGCGUCUGCUGGUGGCUUUGGCUCGACGCUUCGCACCCGAUGUCCGCUUGCCCUCUGGAUGCCAACUCACUCUGGUCAUUGUACGUAAACUCAACGGCGUUCUCCAACAUCGUAGACAGGUAGAGGUCAUCACUGAAGCCGCAGACGCCAGGGACGCAUCGAUGGAGCGCGAUGCAAUUAGUGCUUUAGUGGACUGUGCAGUACCUGAGAAACUGGGAGCGUUUCAGCGCGUUCUUCUGGAUUUCGUCAAUCAACACCUUGGAAAACUCAACAUAGUCGUCAACGAUUUGCAGAAACAGAUGGACGACGGAGUGUACUUCCUUCUGUUGAUGGGAUUGCUGGGUGGUUACUUCAUUCCAUUGCACAAUUUCAACUUAACACCGCGCACCAACGAGCAAAAGCUGGCGAAUCUGAAUUUGGUACUACAGCUGUUGCAGGAAGCCGAGGGCAUCGAACCCGGUUCGAACACACGCGCCGACGACUUGCUGCAAUGCGACCUUAAGGCCACGCUGCGCUUCCUCUACGCCCUCUACUCACGCUAUAAAGACAUGGAGUAG